AUGGCUAGCCCUGCGCCCUUAGUGGCCUCCAUCAGCCACCAAAUGGUGGCUCUGCAGACUCUGCAGCUGCUGCAGCAGGAGUGGGGCUGGGGGGACGGUCCGGGCGACCCGGGGAUCCCGCGCGAUCCAGACCACGUGUCCGCUGCCCCAGCGCGUCGCACAGGCCCGCGGAGGGCCCGGCCGGGGCCCGGGCGCGAAGAGGGGGGAGGGCGGCGGGGGGCCAGGAGUGGCGGGUCUGGGGCGCGGGCAAGCUCCCCAGAAGUAGAAGUGGUUCGAGGCGCCGAAGGGGGCGCGGAGCUGCUGCCCUUCCCCAGGGGUCGGGGGCCCUGCACCCUGGCCCAGAUGGCGAUGCGCAGCGCGCUGGCCCGCGUGGUGGACUCGACCUCGGAGCUGGUCAGCGUGGAGCAGACGCUGCUGGGCCCCCUCCAGCAGGAGCGGUCCUUCCCCAUCCAUCUGAAGGAUAGUGUUGAGUUUAGAAACAUCUGCAGUCAUUUGGCUCUACAAAUUCAAGGACAACAGUUUGACAGAGAUUUGAAUGCUGCCCACCAGUGUUUGAAGACAAUAGUCAAGAAGCUGAUUCAGUCACUUGCUAAUCUUCCUUCAGAUGCCCACGUGGUAGCCUGUGCUUCUUUGAGACAGAUCUUACAGAAUCUCCCAGACAUAUGA